UCAGGUAAUUCUGAUGGGUGUUAGCAUAGCGACGGCCUCCAGCACGUCACAUGUAAACACUCGGGUCGUCUACAAAAGGUGCUGGUUACCCCAUCCUGACUUCCUCAACUCAAGAACCAUCGCCAACACCACCAACAUCCAACCAGACUACAUCACCAUCGGAGCAGCCAGCAACACCUCUUUCAGCAUCAGAAUAUCCAUCAACAUCAGAUAUUAGCACAAUAUCAUCAACAACAGACAGUAGUAGCACAGCAUCAAUAACAGACAGCAGCACAACAUCAACAACUGACAGUAGCACAUCAUCAACAACAGACAGCAGAACAACAUCAUCAACAGACAGUAGCACAACUUCAUCAACAACUAACAGCAACACAAUGUCAUCACUUACUGAAAAAUCAGAUGUCUCACAGGCACCCAAGUCGUCAACACUCACUUACAACCCAGUGCCAUAUUCAUUCCACCGAAGACCCUCCUAUCAUCAGCGACCACACUAUGGCCAUGGUCCCGUAAUCCCCCAAUGCGCCGCCAACACUACCAAGUCUUGGUGCAUUGAGGAUGACCAGUACCCAACCUAUGAGAUCAAACACGCCCUCGGCCAUCACUACGAGAAAGUCCUCUCCCUCUAUGCUAAUUUAGAUGAUUUCAGCACCGAACUCUCCGUUAAGGGUCUGAUGGAGGAGACGUACCUCUGUCCCUCAGAAACUACUUACAUCAGGCCUCUGCGAGCCAAGAACACCGAGGGCAAGUGGCACGUCAUCGUGAACCACAUCAAGAUUCAUUAUGUGACUCUCUCCCAAAUAACGCGCAUCGAGGAGUGCCUGACUCCCGACGAAGACUGUCCCUUAGUACCUGAAUGUUACGAUUCCACUUGCCUGCAGAAGUCCAUUUAUCACCGGUUCCUCGUCUACGACCUUUGUGAUCAGUACUUUCCCUUCGCCAUUGAGACGUUCAAGCUGCCUGCCAGCUGUGCCUGUCUAUUGGACUCCUUCAACUUCGACCGCUAAGUAUUGA